AUGAAUCAAGAGGAAGACCCCGUUAAUUUACAGAUUUUCGUGCCAGAGCUCAACGUUCGGAAGUUCCUUGCGGUAACUCAAAAUGAUUUCAUUUGGGACGUGAAACGAAAACUGCUUGCCACACUACCACAAGCUCUUCCGCAAGCUUUCAAUUACGGUCUAUUCCUCCCUCCAUGCGAUGGACGAGCCGGAAAAUUUCUACUCGAAGAUCGAACAAUCCGGGAUUAUCCAUUCACGGAUUGUGUUCCGUAUCUCGAGUUGAAAUACAAAAAGCGGGUUUACAAAAUGCUCAAUCUGGAUGAAAAGCAACUGAAGGCAAUGCAUACAAAGGGACAACUCAAAAAGUUUAUGGACUACGUUCAGCAGAAGAAUAAUGAAAAAGUUGAGAAGAUGUGUACGCAGGGACUUGACGCAAACUUUCAUGAUUCUCUGGGCGAGACUCCUCUGACACUUGCUGCUGGAAUUCCAAACAACCGAGCUGUUAUCGUAUCUCUCAUCGGAGGUGGAGCUCAUAUUGAUUUCCGAAAUUCAGAAGGUCAAACUGCAAUGCAUAAAGCCUCAUUUCUCUCGUCUUUUGAGAAUGUGAAAACUUUGAUUGAGCUGGGAGCAAGUCCAAAUUAUCGUGACCCAAUUGGACUGACUCCCCUCUAUUAUAACAUGCUGACUGCUGAUUCUAACGAUCAAGUAGCUGAACUUUUGCUACGAGAAGCAGCAGAUAUUGGAGUGACCGAUAUGCAUGGAAAUCAUGAAAUCCAUCAAGCAUGUAAGAACGGAUUGACGAAACACGUGGAACAUUUACUCUAUUUUGGAGCUCAAAUCGACGCUGAAAACGUGAAUGGAAACACUCCACUUCAUGUUUGUGCAGUCAACAAUCGACCUGAAUGUGCAAGAGUUUUGUUGUUUCGAGGAGCUGAUCAUUUGACAGUUAAUAAACAAGGACAAACAGCAUUACAUGUUUCACACAUUGUUGGAAACCCUGCAGUGGCCGAUGUGGUUCAAGCGCAUAAUCCAAGUUCUUCAGUUCCAUAUCGAGGCACUCCUCAAUAUUCAACAAGAAGGCGGUUGAGUUCAACAAUCACGAGGAGACGUUCAAUGUCUCAAUCAUCAAUAUGCAGUCAAGAUGUCUACCGUACUCCCCAAAGCAUUCGGAAAGCUCCAAUGUCUGCAGCUCCAUCACCAAGUCCGUCUCGUUCGUCACGAACAACAAUAACUCCAUCUGAAUAUGGAACAAUGAGGAGGUCAGGAAUGGAUUCAAUGCGAUCAAUGAUUGCUGCUGGACAUGAGACAAACAUCGCCAGAAUUCUGGUGAUUCCAAGAGGUGUCAAGGGAUUCGGUUUCAUUUUGAGAGGAGCUAAACACGUAGCCAUGCCCCUGAAUUUCGAGCCAACAGCCCAAGUGCCCGCUCUUCAGUUCUUUGAAGGUGUUGAUAUGUCUGGAAUGGCAGUUCGAGCAGGUCUUAGACCAGGAGAUUAUUUGUUGGAAAUUGAUGGAAUUGAUGUGAGAAGAUGUUCACAUGAUGAGGUCGUUGAACUCAUUCAACAAGCCGGUGAUACGAUAACAUUAAAAGUGAUAACUGUAGAAGUAUCUGAUAUGAGUCGAGGUGGAACAAUUGUACAACGAGCUCAGACAGACACGCAUGACGCGCAUGGAGUUGAUUACUAUGCCCCAAAUGACAUCAGGAACGCCUAUUCGGAAUCAAGGCAUGCGUCGGUCAGGCAGAGACCAGGCAGUGGAAGACGGAUAUCUGCUGCGGAAUUGGAGAAUUUGAUGGUACGACAAAGAGUUCCAUCUGUUCAAGGGAAUACAUAUCAAAUGCAAUACGAUCAAGAAUCAUUGAAUGGAGGAUAUUCUUCGAAGAAAUAUAAUUCAGUCUCGGAUAUGAAGAGGAGGAAAGGACAGAGAAAUGCAGUGGCUUCGUCCGCUGGAUUGAAUCGGUCCACUUUCGAACCAACGCCACCAGCCACAACAUCUUUCGAGUACAACUGUAGCAGUCGGAGCACUCCUCAACUAUCACGAAUGGAUUCUUUUGAUUCAUUCGACGACGAAGAAGAUCUCCCAGCUCCGCCGCCAGUUACCUAUGUUCCAGUUGAUCUGUCAAGAGAUUCAUCAAUGCAAAGGAGUGAAUAUUCUCGACCAUUCCGACCAACAUCUCGGCCGAAAACUCCUCCACCACCUCCACCAAUGCAACAUCAACAACUACAUCAACAACAAUAUCAGCAACAACAACAAUACCAACAACAACCCCAUCCAUCUCUGCCAAGAUCUGCAUCUCAACCCCAACAAGUACAUAUUCAACCACAACAGUCUUCAAUUCCACCCCCGCCUCCUCCUCCACCGCCACAAUUGGAGCCAACUAUGGUACAAGUUGAGUUCACACCACCAUCAACAUCCUCUGUACCUCCUCCUCCUCCUCCUCCACCUCCAUUACCUCCAAUCUCAUCUGGAGCACCUCCACCGCCUCCCCCACCUCCACCAGGUGGAUUGAUGCAUGUGGCAGCGAGUGCUCCAGUUAUAAUGAGCAAUUCGAAAGGAAUAUCAGCGGAUGCUUUGAAAUCAGUACAGUUGAAAAAAGCAGAACCUCGAGAAACAUCAUCGGCGGCUUCUGUGAAUAACAACAAUAAUAAGGAUUCAACAACAGAUUUUCAAAUGGAUUUGAAGAAUGCAUUGGCAAAAAGAAGGAGUAAAGUGGCACAUGAUGUAGAUGAAGAUGAAGAGAGAGAAAGUAGAUUUGAGGGAUUAUCACUACGAGAAACGGUUCGAGAGAACGUUGUGGAACGUGGAAAAGGGAUUCAGAAUAUUGGAAUAGUAAACAAGAAAGAUAGCGGGUACACAUCUUCAAGGACGUCACUGGAGCCAUCUGAAUCCGAAGACAAAGAUCAUCGACCACAUUUCUCAUUGGACCACUCUCCAAACGUACAAAGAGUUACAUUGAUCUCUCAGCAUCUCGAGGAUAAUUACGGACAGAAAGACAACAUGUCUGUCGCAUCGUCGUCAACCGCGUCGACGUCUUCAACUGUCGACUUGUCGAAACCGGGAUGCUUUGUGGUUCCAUCUCAUGUCAUUCCUCCAGUUGAUUAUGAUGAUGAUCCGGAUUCUGGAACUGGAGAUAGCGACGGAGAGAUUCGCUGUAGUGAAAUAUCAUCAUUCGAACAUAAGAAGGUAGACGUAUGGACUGUUGAAGACGUCGUUGGUUGGCUCUCUUCAUUACAUCUAUCAGAAUAUUCUCCAGCAUUCCGAAUUCAACGAAUCGAUGGUCGUUGUCUUCGUCAAUGUGAUCGUUCUCGGUUUACUCAACUCGGAGUUACUCGUAUUGCUCAUCGUCAAAUCAUUGAAUCAGCUCUUCGUGGUCUUCUUCAAUGA